UAAAUAUUAACCACGCUUAUCUGCAAGUUGUACAAGAGCUUAAUAAAUAAUCUGUUCAUAUGGCAUGGGAUAUUGACAAAACUGACAUUGAAAAUGUGAGAAUAUAGCUUUUAAUAAAUGUGUUCUUGAUCAAACAUUUCAAAUGUCUAAGCAAUAAAAUGUCUAAGCAAUAAAAAUGGAAACAAUGGCUGGCACUGCCAUUAGGACAACUUCUGAUUCGGAGUAUGAUUAUACAUGUCCCCCUUGUCUUAACAAAGAGGCACAUUAUUUUUGCGGAGAAUGUGCCCAGUUUUAUUGCAACGAAUGCGAACAGAUGCACAAAAGGAUACGCAAAAGACACGUAGUUUUGGGACGCAAAGACGUUAGGCAAUGGUUGCAGGCGCCUAUUCGAAGUUUAGUUACAGAUUUGGAACGAUGCGAAAGGCACCCAAACAAGGCAUUAGAGUUGUACUGUGACAAUCAUGGUAAAGUUUGCUGUCAUCUCUGCGUUUCUAAUGACCACAGCCGCUGUUCAGUCGUACAUAUCCCUGUCUUAGCUAGUAGGAUUUCGCGAAACUGAUGAGUUUAAUAAACUGCCGGACGAGGUCGAAGAACUUAGGAACCAGCUCGAGGAAUUCAGAGAGUCCAGGAAAAGGAGUAAAGAGAAGAUGGAAACGUCUUGGAAUAAAGUACUAAUGGAUAUCAAGGUUCUCCGUGUAAAGAUAAAUGGACGACUGGAUACAAUUGAAAAAAGAACGAUAACAGAAAUGAUCAAAGUAAUGGCGCCGUUAGUUGAAAGUCUGACAAAAGAUGUUGACAAGUGUAACGAUAUGCGUGAUCGUCUUAAACGUUUAAUAGAUGAGAUUAAGAGCAAUAACAGCGAAUCUCUUGCGUACGUUGGAUUCACAAAAUGUAAGAGCUUGACGACAGAGGCGAAUUCCGUUUGCAAAGAAAUGAUAACAACCAAGGACUAUGAAUUAGUCUUUCAACCAGGGUCCAAAGUAGAAACUACCGUAUCCUCCAUUGACACUUUUGGAGAAAUAUUCGAUGCGAAUCAUGUUUUUACGGUUCAUUCAAUAAUGUCCAAAACAAUUGACAACUUCAGAAAUUUCAGAACAACUGGUGCUUGUGAAAUGCCUAACGGGACUCAUGUUCUUUGUAGUAUAAACAUAUACUGCGAAAUUGUCUUGCUAGCUGAAAACUUUAAAGCUGUAGCACGACUCCAAGUUCCUGAAUAUCAUGAAGCCAUUUGUUACAUUGGAGAAAAUGAAUUGGCGGUUGCUAUAACAAGUGAAAUGGGUUUACGUUUAAUCAAAGUAACUGAAGGAAAACUUGAACAGACGAAAAAGUUUCGGUUUAAUCACUACUGCCGCAGUGUCGCUCACCAUGAUAAUCAGCUCUACGUCACUUCCGAAGCGGCUCUCUUUCAGUACACCAAGACUGGCCAAUUGGUCAAACAGUUGUUCAAGACUGGGAAUGCAGAUAUAAGGGACAAGAACGUUAUUAAAUGCGCUCUAAACAAUGACGGUAGUAAAAUCUUCAUUCUUAAUAAAAUGGCCAACAAGAUCCUUACACUCGACCGAGACGGCAAUGUUUUAUCAGAUAUAAAAGAUUCAGAGAUAAGCGAACCAUGUGCAAUUUGUGUGUCGUCAUUUGGAUAUGUGUUUGUCGCCUGCACAAAUUAUGUGUUGCAAAUUGAAAGGAAUGGGCGAAAGAAACUGACCAGGUUGGUCAAGAUUUCGCCAGAUUGCAUGGUGACGUCGCUGCACCACGUAAAUAACACAAACAGUCUGAUCAUGGGUAAAAACGGACAUUCCAAGGAGCAAAUAGAUGUGCUCAAACUGAAAUAA